UGAAGGCCCAAAAGUAGUCUUUUUAAAGCACAGAUUGAGUUGAGUUACCCCAUGUGUCAGUGAGUCAGUCUCUUCUUCCUCUGUCCUCCUCCUCGGAAUUGAGAGAAAUAGACAGCGAGACUGUAAGAACAUGGCGGCAAGUAUAGAGCAAGUAGCCGAGCUAAUAUCGUCGCUGGAGCAAGCGACUCUAAUGGCGCAGCAAAUCGGAACCACUGCUGAACAGAACCAGCUCCUCCAAAUCUCCUCCUCUCUCCGCAUAGCCCACCAACGCCUCUCCGUCUUCCUAGCCGAUAAAUCUCUCAUCUCCUCCGUCGAGCCGAUGCAACUAGGAGAAGAAGAGAAUGAGCUGGCGGCGGAAGAGGAGAGGGAUUCGGCGGUGGAGAAGGUUGGUGAGAAGAUGAGAGAGUGUUUCAUCAGGAACAAGAGAGUCAAGCGGCCACUGUCUCCGUCAUCGGCCGUGGUGGAGACUUCAGCUACGGAAGAGAGGACUGGCCGUGAUUAUGGGUUUGAUUUCGACCCACACGCCGCCAAGUUGAGAGCUUUGGAUCUUAUCUACCAGUUUCAUGGAUGAUCAUCAUCUGACUCUCUCUGUAGAUUGUAGCUUUUUUAUUUAUUUCUCUCCGUAGAAAAGACGACAAAAACUUUUGUGAUUGUAAAUAAAGACACUACUGUUUUGGUAUUACAACAAAUCUACAAUUUACAUUACAAAGA